AUGGCAGAUUCUACUAGUUCUAGCGAAGUUGGCAAAAAAAUCCGCGUCAAGAAAUCAAGAAACUGUCGUAGGAGAAGCUUGGACGCGAAACAAAUGAUCGCUUCAGCUGCUACAUGUUCAAUGAAUAUUACUUCCAAUUUUCUUGAUGAAGGAAAAACUAAGAAGAUCAUAGGCAUAAAAGAAGUUACCUCUUGUGAAGCAACAAAACCUGCGGUAUCAGUUAAAGAAUGCAACAUUGAUGAUCAUGAUCUUCAAGAUUAUAAGCAGCUGAAUUCAGAGAAGUCUUCGUUCCCGCCAUCAAUAUCUUCUUAUAAAGAAAAGCAAGUGCUGCAACCACUUGGAACCGUAGAGGCAGGCAGCUAUGGAGAUCAGGAAGAUGAAGACAAGAGUCCAAUGAGCAAAUCACACGGGAUGAUUUCUGUGAUCGGACGGCGGAGAGUGAUGGAGGAUGCGGUUACAAUGGUCCCUGGAAUAGCUGUUGGUGAAUUUGGUAGUUAUGACCUUUUUGCGGUUUAUGAUGGGCACGGUGGAGCUAGGGUGGCCAACGCGUGUAGAGAUAGGAUGCACCAGCUGGUGGCGAAGGAGGUGAAGAAAGGGGAGAGGAUUGGCGGUGGCAAGGGAUUGGAGUACUGGGAGAAGUUGAUGGUGGCAUGUUUUGAAAAGAUGGACGAGGAGCUGAUGAUCAAUGAUGGGGGUGGAGGUGGAGAGGGGGAGAUGGGGAAGGAAGCGACGUCAAUAAAAAACAUGGGUUCGACAGCCGUGGUUGUGAUGGUGGGAAAGGAGGAGGUGGUGGUGGCUAAUUGUGGGGAUUCAAGAGCGGUUUUGUGUCGCGGUGGCGUGGCUGUGCCUUUGUCUCAUGAUCACAAGCCUGACAGGCCUGAUGAACGAGAGAGAGUGGAAGCAGCAGGUGGACGAGUAAUAAACUGGAACGGUAGCCGUGUACUAGGAGUCCUUGCCACGUCAAGAUCAAUAGGAGAUCACUAUUUGAAGCCAUUUGUAAUCUCCGAACCCGAGGUUGCUGUUAGUGAGCGAACGGAUUCAGACGAUUUCAUUGUGAUAGCAACGGAUGGCUUAUGGGAUGUCGUUACAAAUGAAACUGCCUGCGAGGUUGUCAGAAAGCUCUUUUAUGGCCAAAUAAAAAGGAGGCUUCCUGAUGAAUUUAAUGGGAGUUGUUCUGCAGAGGCGGCGGCAAUGCUUGCCGAAUUGGCAAUGGCUCGGGGUAGCAGAGACAAUAUUAGUGUCAUAGUAGUUCAGCUGAAAAAAGCUGUUAGCAAGGUUUGCUGA